AUGGCUGCUACCAAAUCCAAUACCACCAUCAACAAUCUCUUCGACGAUUCCCUCACCGAAAUCUUCUGCAAACUCCCAUGCAAAUCCCUUUUCUCAUGCAAGAGCGUUUCAAAGCAUUGGCUCACACUCAUUUCCAAUCCCAAUUUCCAUUCCCUAUAUCUCACUCACCAACACACCCUCUUCCAGAAAAUGCAAUCCCAAGGAGAAGACCCUGAUCAACCCAGUUUCAUUCUAAAGCCAUACAAUGCCCUCGUCAUAGCACCAAACUUACCCUCUCUCCAACUUGGCUCUCUCGAAAACCACCUCUCUCUAACAUCCCUAGGCUCAGAUUUCGAACCUGCCAACAUUGUACCACAACUACGCUCUGUGUUAAAGUUCGUUUUUGCAUGUUCCAACGGUUUACUCGUAUACGGAAACCCUCGUCCACGUCACAAAUGCGUGUACCACGUACGUAACCCACUCACAAAGGAUUCAUUGAAACUCCCUUCUGCUCCAACUCUCUGUGACCACGCUGGGGUUCUCGUGGGUUUCAUGUGCGACCCUUAUUACUACCCUGCAAACGAAAACUCCGGCGUAUCUAUCGUUCCCACUUCCGAACGCAGGUUCAGGGUGGUUCGCAUCCCUGCGUUCAGCGACACGAGGCUUGCGUUUGAUGUUGAGGUUUUCUCUUCCGAGACAGGGAAAUGGAAGCGGUUUCUGGUGUCGUGUCCGCAGGGGUUUGCGUGCGGGUUUUUUCUGACGUCAUCGAGCGUUGAGCAUGAAGGGAAGUUGUACUUCAUGGGUGGAGGGAAGGUCCUUGUGUAUGACCCUUAUGAUGAAGAAUGUGUGGGUUCUGUGAUUGAACUUCCCCGUGGGUUUGGCGAAGCGUAUAGAGGGUGCCUUGGGGUUUGUUGCGGUAAGUUGCAGUUAUCUGAGUUCCCUAUAUCACCCUCUAGUGCCUUUGAAGCUUACAGUGGGAGAGUUUGGGAUCUGCAAUAUUGUGAGAAGGGAGAAGAAAGAAGGUGGGAACUGGUGCAUGAGUUUUGUCUCCCUGAGAUUAUUGGGCCAAUGUUUCAAGAGUUGAAAGCCUUGGAGGUUGAAUAUGUGAGGGGUUGCAGUAGGAUUCUGGCUUUUCAUCCCUAUGUUAAGGACAGUGUGUUUCUGAAGUUUGGUGAUAACAUCAUUUGCUGCAAUUUGUUAACUCGUAGGUUUAGGGUUUGCAAAUACGGUGGUCUCUCCUUGCUGUUUUAUCCGGUGAUCCCAGUUUUGCUCCCCUGGUGGCCAACUCCGAUUCCUUCACCACCCUCAUUGGUUGAUCCUUCUCUGUAG